CAUUUGGGGGAUAUCUGUACUGUUCUGACAUUUGGGGGAUAUCUGUACUGUUCUGACAUUUGGGGGAUAUCUGUACCAUCCUGGCAUUUGGGGGAUAUCUGUACCGUCCUGACAUUUGGGGGAUAUCUGUACCGUCCUGACAUUUGGGGGAUAUCUGUACCGUUCUGACAUUUGGGGGGGUAUCUGUACCGUUCUGACAUUUGGGGGAUAUCUGUACUGUUCUGACAU